AUGGAUCAUGACGGUUUUAUUUACACAUUUGUUAAAAUGAUUAAAACGGCUAUGGGUGCAGAUGAGACGAAUGAAUACGCGAACAUGACUCUGAUGUUCUGCGCCAAGUUUAUUACGUCCUUCGAAGGCGAGGAAACUCAUCCUGUAAUGGUGGACGUCUUCCGAUGGCUUCUGACGACAAUUUCCUAUAAUCCGAAUAUUCGGUUUCGUUUAUGUCAAUUUGUUAAUUUGAUCUUGAAUGCUUUGGGUCAAGAAGCUACACUAGAUGAUCCAAUUUGCGACAGCAUUAUGGAAUAUAUGGUAGGUCGUUGCGUUGAUGUGUCGCCCAAUGUCCGCGUCCAAGCUAUCUUGGCAAUGCAACGUUUGCAAGUACCCGAUAAUCCGGACGAUGCCGUGUUACGCAUUUAUCAAUACCACCUAUGCUCCGAUCCUUCGCCCAGAGUACGUCAAACCGUUAUUACGUGUAUGGGUCGCAAUUAUCACACGAUUCCGUACAUUUUGGAUCGUCUUUCGGAUAUUGAUGAAAAGGUACGACGCCAUACUUAUCUCCACAUGAGCAGUUAUCCUGUUCGCUCUUACAAGGUAUCGCAGCGGCUGACGCUACUAGAGCAAGGCUUAAAUGAUCGUUCGGAUUGUGUUCGCAAAGUGGUCACGAAUAUAAUGCUACAACAAUGGAUCGAGUCGUAUCAAAAAAAUUUGGUUGCUCUGAUUGAAGCUCUCAAAUUAGAUUCAACUCCUGCCGAGAUUGACCGUUUUCGUAAAAUUUCAAGACAAGCUCUUAAGGAUAUAUUCAAACGACAGGAAAAUGCUGAUCUGGUAUCAUACUUAGUCCUUGAAACAGAAGGUAACUUUUAUAGGUGUGUACCUCACGAAAAACUCACAAUGGAAAUGGCUCUUUACUGGCAAUGUUUGGUGGAAUAUUUUCAAGCUGAUAUGGUCGAGGAACUUGACCUUAUUUUACCCGAAUUAAGUAUAUUCUGUGCCUAUGUUGAAACUUAUUGUCAGAUGCAAAAGGAUGAAAUGGAUAAAUUCGAGCUUAUGGAAUUCCAAUAUAAGCUGUUAUCGCUUGUAGAAAUUUUAUACUCCUUUGAUUUGGGAGAUGAAAUAGGCCGAGGGAACCUACAGAAACUUUUAGCAAAACUUGUGACGAAUUUUAAUUUGAACGAAAAAGUUAUUGAAGUAAUGAUUAGAUGCUCUGAAAAUUUGUUAACAGAUCAAAAUGCGAGACAUCAGUUUUUCUUGGAUAUAAUACACGAUAUAUGUGGAUUGAAUGGCAAACAGCAAGAUUUGGUACAUGAUCGACAUCUCAUCAGUGAAUUGCUCGCCAAUUCAACCGAUGCCCAGUUAAAUCUAAAACUCUCUUCUCUAAAAGUGAAGAUCCUCGAUUUGGAAGAACAGGAAAUGAAUUUUGCGCAACAGAAAGACUCUGUGCGAGUUCAACAAAUUGUCGAAGAAAAAAAUAUGGCAACUGAAGAGUUCACUAUUUUACUUCAACCCCUAUUAGAAAGAUACAAUGGUGCAUUAAGUGCUUCCGCUCAACCUCAAUUUUCUAAGGUCGUCAAGAGCGAGUGCAUACUGCGUAGUUUACAGAUUGCGUUUCACAUGGUUGUUUCCAAACGUGUAACGUCAUUAGGCCACGCUACAUGCCGUCUUUAUCAUGAUUUCAUUUUUCGUCAUAUUGCUUCUAACCAAAUUAGCAUACGCGACUGGGCUUUGAAAUGUGCUGCAGCCUUUAGUAUGCACUAUGAACCGUUGGCUAAAGAUGUAUUUAGUGAAUUGUAUUCGCAAUUUUUUAGAAAUCAUAAUAUACGUAUAUGGGAGACGGCUAUUACUUGCAUAUUCGAAUUACUUGAUAUUUAUGGGGUUGAAAAUUUUGUGGUACAGGACGAACAAAGCAAGUCUAAAAAGGCUGGCCGCCAGCUUUAUACAACUUUGGAGUUUGUAGACGGCAGUGAGGAUGAGCAACUAUCCACGGGUCUCGGCCAAGGUGUAGGAGUUAUCUAUAUGAUGUCACAUUUUUUGGAUACAUGCGAGGACGCUUGUAUAGUCAGCGCAAUCGUUAAUGGAUUCUGCCGUCUCAUCUUGCAUGGCCAAAUCGACAAUCGGGAUAUAAUGGAAAAGUUAUUAUCGCGUUACUUUAACCCUAGUACUGAACCUGAAAUAAACCAAAUUUUGGGUAUUUUUCUUGAAAAUCUUAUACAGAGUAGAAAACAAGCCAUGCUCCAGGUUUGCAUAAUGGCAACGAUUAACUCGAUCCUGUCAGCUCCCUAUGAUAGUCCCUUGCACGAUAUCAGACCUGACACAAUAACACGAUUUAUAAUCGAUGCUACUCGGCCAGACUCUGGCGCUAAUAAAAACGAAGAAAAUAUCCAUAAUCAAUUGGCAUUAACCUUUCUAAAUGAAAUGGUUUCCAAUGCUAACAACAAAGAACUUUGCAAGCUUUUGGCCAAAGAGUUACUGACAUUGGAAGUGAACGUGCAAAAAGAACAACUUAAAAAUGAAAUGAAGGAAUUGGCCGAUAAAUUGAUUCAGAGCAAGCUCGACCCGCACACUACGAAAAAAAUCAUCGACUUCAAGGAUAUGCUAGAUGGUGUUUUUAAUCCCACAUCAAAGAGGCCUACUGGCUGCUUAGACUCUGAUUAUGAUGAAGAGGAGGAAGCUGAAGCUGGUACUUUUGGGACAGAGCAUUCUAGAGACCAAGAACAGGGUAUACAACCCAGUUCUACGGACAAUGUGACUACUAAUAAGCCUACUGGGAUCCAAGAAAAGGCGGAGUGUAUUGGAGCAAAUAAACCUAAUGACGAAGAUAGUAUACUGAUAGCCGACGGUGACCCAUCCGUAUGUACAGACACACCGACGACAUUCGGAAGCGACAACAAUACUAGCCACCGGUUCUUGCGUAAA